AUGCCUACCGUCUAUUUAUUAGACUAUGUUGCCGGAAAUGUGAGGAGUUUGGUCAACGCCAUUGAAAAGGUCGGAUAUGAAGUCGCUUGGGUGAAGACGCCAGAAGAGGUCGCCAAUGCUGAGAAACUCAUCCUGCCUGGCGUAGGCCACUUUGGCCACUGCCUCACCCAACUUUCCUCUGCCGGUUUCCUGCCUGCCAUCAAGGCUCACGUAGAGGCUGGCAAGCCAUUCAUGGGAAUCUGUGUCGGUCUGCAAGCCCUGUUUGAAGGGUCCUCUGAGAAUCCAAACUGUCCUGGCCUGGGUCUCAUCCCCAGCCGCUUGGGCCGCUUUGACAACGCCGUCAAAGCCGUUCCUCACAUCGGCUGGAACGACGCACUCGUCGCUGGCGGUGCAUCACUAUACGACCUCCGCCCUGGGAGCAAGUACUACUACGUCCACAGCUACCGGUGUACAUACGAGCCUGGCGUGCUGGAGGGCCAAGGGUGGUCCGUCGCCACGGCUGGCUACGGCAACGAGAUCUUUGUCGGAGCUGUGGCCAGGGGGAACGUGCUGGCCACGCAGUUCCACCCGGAGAAGAGUGGUGUCGCAGGCCUGCGGGUGAUCAGGGCAUUCCUAACUGGUGACGGUGCCAGGACUCUCGCACCGCCUGGCAACAAGGAUGUGGUGCCCCCACCACAAGGGCUCACCCGCCGUGUGAUAGCCUGCCUUGACGUGCGCACCAACGACGCCGGCGACCUGGUGGUGACCAAGGGCGACCAGUACGACGUGCGCGAGAAGUCAGACGGGCGGGGCGUGCGCAACCUGGGCAAGCCCGUUGAGAUGGCUAGGCGGUACUACGAGCAGGGCGCAGAUGAGGUGACCUUUCUAAACAUCACCUCGUUCCGAGACCUGCCGCUCCGUGACCUCCCCAUGCUCGAGAUCCUCCGCCAGACCUCGCAGACCGUCUUUGUCCCGCUGACCAUCGGCGGCGGUAUCCGCGACACCGUCGACACAGACGGCACCAAGGUGUCCGCCCUCGAGAUCGCCAGCAUGUACUUCCGCAGCGGCGCAGACAAGGUCAGCAUCGGCAGCGACGCCGUCACCGCCGCAGAGGAAUACUACGCCGCCGGCGAGACCCUGUCGGGCAAGACAGCCAUCGAGCAGAUCUCGUCCGCGUACGGGAACCAGGCCGUCGUCGUCUCCGUCGACCCAAAGCGUGUCUACGUCGCCGGGCCCGACGCCACCCCGCACAGCACGGUCAAGACGAGCCAGCCGGGCCCCGGGGGCGAGGAGCACGUGUGGUACGCCUGCACCAUCAAGGGCGGCCGGGAGACGCGCGACCUCGACGUCGUGCAGCUGUGCCGGGCCGUCGAGGCCAUGGGCUGCGGCGAGAUUCUGCUCAACUGCAUCGACCGCGACGGCACCAACAGUGGCUUCGACCUCGAGCUGAUCCGCCAGGUGAAGAGUGCCAUCAGGAUCCCCGUCAUCUCGAGCAGCGGCGCGGGCAACCCGGGCCAUUUCCAGGAGGUCUUUGACGAGACCACCACGGAUGCCGCGCUCGGGGCUGGCAUGUUCCACAGGGGUGAGUACACCGUGAGACAGGUCAAGGAGUUCUUGGGCGGCAACGGCCUGGCGGUAAGGGGUUUUGAGGGAGAUUUGUGA